AUGGACUCGGCAAAGAAGAACCGGAAUCGCGCCGCUUGCCGCCGCUGCCAGAGACGGAAGAUCCGUUGUGAUGGGCAGGCGCCUCGUUGUGGAUCAUGUCACAAAGCCAACGUUCCCUGCAUCAGCGAUGGGAAGCAGGUUGUCCAUCGCUCGUAUAUUGCGAGCAUGGAGAAGCGCAUCAAAUGGUUGGAGAUGACUCUCCAAGAAAGCUGCCCUAGCGUGGAUCUGAGUCAAGCCCCAAACCGCGAAACCGCUCGACUGGAUGAUUCGGUCAUGCUUGAUGACGAGCCCGAGGAAUCAUCUAUUCUUAGUCCACAACAGCCACGUAUCGUGGAUGAGGAUCCCGGUAUAGACCAAGGCAGGAUCCAAAAUCCCAGCGGUCCAGUCCGUCCUUUGCGAGCUGCUUCACGAAUGGAAUCUCGACAAGCCCAUGAGGUUGGCUUAGUUUCACUUUCUCCGGGAGGCGAGCCGCGAUAUAUCGGACCAUCCAGCGGGUACUUCUUCGCUAAUCUUGUUUUCUCGAACGCUGGUCGACAACAACAGCGACGGGGCAUUAUCAGUGACCCUGCCGGUGCAGCUCCGGGUGAUCCGGCCUCUUUAGCAGCGGAGCUUCUCCAGACACCUGCGUCUUUGCCGCUACGAAAGGAGAGCGCCGAGGAGUUGUCAUCCAAAUACUUCGAGACGAUCCAUGUGAGCUAUCCAUUCCUCCACCAACCGUCUCACCUGGAUUAUAUCGAACAGAUGUAUACAUCCGAGCAUGUGUCACCAGUGGUAGCGUUCCAGGUCUAUAUGGUCUUGGCUAUCGCCGCCUCUGACCUUUCGCGGAGAUCUAAACUUCGGCUUCCUGCGGAUGGGUAUUAUACCUCAGCGAUGCAGUAUUUCAACCAAUUCUGUCCGGAUGGCUCGCUAGCCGGACUGCAAUCACUCCUGCUACUCAUGAUCUAUGCGUUGCACAAUCCGUCUUGCGGCGUGAAUAUCUGGAAUCUCAACUACCAGUGCUUGGCAUCGCUUAUAGAUCUCGGUUUGCAGCGAGAUGUUCGCAGCACGCCUUCCUUUAAUAUGUCUCUCCUUGAGCAAGAGAUGAGGACGAGAGUGUUUUGGGUGGUUUACACGUUUGACCGGACCAUCGGUACGAUGAUGGGACGGCCGGUCGGCAUCAGAGACGAAGCUUGCGACUUGCGAAUUCCAUUGGACAUAGCAGAUCCAGACCUUCUGGAUAAUAAUUCGCGCGAACGGAAUGCAGAGGAGCCAUCCUCGCACAUCUCUUUUGGAAUACAUUUGUUUAAAGUCGCUCGCUUGAACUCGGAGAUUAAAUAUGUCAUGCAUAGUAUCUCCCGAGAGGCUCCGGCCUAUGCCUAUCCGCCUGUGAAAGAUAUCUUCCACUGGCAAAACGAGAUGCUCGAAAAGUUGCGAAGCUGGCGAUCAAAGAUCCCGCAAUCUGACAUGAGCAUGAGCGCGAAGCUUUGCGAGGCCAAAUACCACGAGAUGAUGAUUUUGGUAUUACGACCGAGUCCAGCCAUCCCAGAGCCGCCAGAACAGUCCGCAAUUUUAUGCUUUCGACAUGCAAUGGCGCUACUUGAAAGCUUUCGUGAUCUAUACAAGAAUGACUGCCUACAAUAUAGUCGACUAGUGGUACAUUCAAUCUUCUUGAGCACUCUCGUCGUUUUGCAUAGCAUUUGGAAGUUGCCCGAUGUUGCUGCAAAUAUUCACAUUGAUGAGCUAUCGGCCAACUUGACUUCAUCGCUCAACAUUCUAAGCAGUAUUGGCGAAUAUUGGCUGGAGGCCCAGCGCGCUAGGGAUUGUAUCGAGGAAAUAUCCGGGGUCACCAUGAGACGACUGUUAAAAACCCGAUGUGCACCAGGAGCUCCCACUACGCCCCGAGUUCGGUCAAGGGGUCGCACGAAUAACGAAGAUUUGCGGUUCUCUUCCUCGCAAGACCAAAUAAAUCCGGCUUCUAGUGGCCAAGAGCAGCAGCAGGUAGAUCCUAACAUCCUAGCAACAAACUCAGCAGGUUUAGAUGAGCCAGAAUUAGGGUUUUCCGGCGCCUUAUUAGGUGACUCUGAAUCAGUACAACUCUUCGGUGACCCAGCACUUGACGGCUUGUUCGGGAUGACAGGAGUCCCUGAUUUCGAUGGAUUAAUGUGGGAGUUUUUCAACAUUCCCCAAUGA